UGCACCUGUCCAACCGAACUGUCUAAGAAAAGCCAUUUUGUUGUGCUAGCUAGCUAGCGUUAUGUCGGUAAAGAAAGCCACCUUUACCAUGGGUCUGUUAUAUCAACGCUAUCUAUGUCGCUUUUACGUGCGUGUAUGCUGUCGCAAAAUGCAAUAGUUGAACUCGUUGAAAUCUGUAAGUAGUCGAGGCGGGCAUGGACUGGCCUAAAACAGCUAAAGCUAAAGUGUUGUGGUGAAGACGAGAGCUAAAGUGUGCUGCAGUUUCAGAUGACACACUGUUAGCUAGCUAUCUGUUUACUGAGCUUACGGUAGUUAUGUUUUAUGUUUGAAUAACCCAACGUUAGUCAGUGUUUGUUUGUACACGUGUAUUAAAUAUACUGCGACUGCCUGUGCUGUGCACCUGAAGACAACCGGUUCAACAAAGAGUCUGUGUCGCUGCCAGUAAAUAAACUGGCGACUGAACAAUCUAACGUGAACAGUAAUUUAGUAAAAACACUUGGAGCAUACGGCGUUAAACCAAAGCGUUAAUCUGAUAAUGGCAGAAGACACCCGACAGGACAAGAGAGCCAGCUUCUCCGCUAUAACGGAGCACAACACCAACGGGAUGGCCAGGACCUCCGCUGUGGCCUCAAGCAAAAGUGGCGCUUCAAAGAAAUUAGUCAUCAAAAAUUUCAAAGACAGGCCAAAAUUAGCUGAGAACUACACCGAGGACACGUGGUUGAAGCUACGGGAUGCAGUGGGUGCCAUCCAGAACAGCACCUCGAUCAAGUACAAUCUGGAAGAGCUCUAUCAGGCAGUAGAAAACCUCUGUUCGUACAAAGUCUCCCCCACGCUGUACAAGCAGCUACGGCAGGUCUGUGAAGAUCACGUGCAGGCCCAGAUCAAACAGUUUAGAGAAGAGUCUUUGGACAACCUUUCCUUCCUGAAGCGAAUGAAUCGCUGCUGGCAGGACCACUGCAGGCAAACUAUAAUGAUCCGAAGUAUCUUUCUCUUCCUGGAUCGUACCUAUGUGCUCCAGAACUCCCUACUCCCCUCCAUCUGGGACACUGGGUUGGAAUUGUUUCGUACCCACAUCGUGAGCGACGGUGCGGUUCAGAAGCGCACAGUAGACGGCAUUCUGGAGCAGAUUGAGCUGGAGCGGAAUGGCGAGACGGUAGACCGGAGUCUGAUCCGGAGCCUGCUGGGGAUGCUGUCAGACCUACAGGUUUACAAAGAUUCCUUUGAGGAGAGAUUUUUGACUGAGACCAAUCGGCUGUAUGCAGCGGAGGGACAGCGGCUGACGCAGGAGAGAGACGUGCCCGAGUAUCUGCACCAUGUGGCUCAUCGGUUGGAGGAGGAGAACGAUCGUAUCAUGAGCUACCUCGACCAGAGCACUCAGAAACCACUUAUUAGCUGUGUUGAGAAACAGCUCUUAGGAGAACACAUUACUGCAAUGCUGCAAAAAGGUCUGGGUACCCUGCUGGAUGGGAAUCGAGCGACCGAGCUGGCCCUCCUCUACCAGCUCUUCAGCAAGGUGAAGGGAGGACUCCCCACUCUGCUGCAGUUCUGGAGAGAUUACAUAAAGUCCUUUGGCGGAGAGAUCGUAUGCACCCCAGAGAAAGACAAGGACAUGGUGCAAGACCUGCUGGACUUUAAGGACAAGAUGGACAACGUGGCACAGAGCUGCUUCACGCGGAACGAGGGAUUCAUCAACGCCAUGAAGGAGGCCUUCGAGACCUUUAUCAACAAGAGGCCCAACAAACCUGCGGAACUUAUCGCUAAAUAUGUGGAUUCAAAGUUGAGAGCAGGGAACAAAGAGGCUACAGAGGAGGAGCUGGAGAGAAUCCUGGAUAAGAUAAUGAUCAUCUUCCGCUUCAUACACGGAAAAGAUGUGUUUGAAGCUUUUUAUAAGAAGGACUUGGCCAAGCGUCUGCUGGUCGGCAAGAGUGCGUCUGUUGACGCUGAAAAGUCGAUGCUCUCCAAGCUCAAACAUGAAUGCGGAGCAGCAUUUACCAGUAAGCUCGAGGGGAUGUUCAAGGACAUGGAGUUGUCCAAAGACAUCAUGAUCCAGUUCAAACAGUAUAUCCAGAACCAGAGCGAGCCCAGCAACAUAGAACUUACCGUCAACAUCCUCACUAUGGGCUACUGGCCUUCAUACAUACCCAUGGAGGUCCACUUGCCCCCAGAGAUGGUAAAACUCCAGGAAGUGUUCAAGCUGUUCUACCUGGGGAAGCACAGUGGGAGGAAGCUGCAGUGGCAGCCCACACUGGGCCACGCUGUACUGAAGGCAGAGUUCAAAGAGGGUAAAAAGGAGCUGCAGGUCUCGCUGUUCCAGACGCUGGUGCUGCUGAUGUUUAACGAGGGAGAAGAAUUCAGCAUGGAGGAGAUCCGCACCGCCACCGGCAUAGAGGAGGAAGAGCUCAGGCGCACACUGCAGUCCCUGGCCUGCGGAAAAGCACGUGUCCUCAACAAGAACCCUCGAGGGAAAGACGUGGAAGAUGGAGACCGUUUCAAUUUCAACAAUGAUUUCAAACACAAACUGUUCCGCAUUAAGAUCAACCAGAUCCAGAUGAAGGAAACGGUAGAGGAGCAGGUAAGCACCACAGAGCGCGUGUUUCAAGACAGGCAGUAUCAGAUCGAUGCCGCUGUGGUGCGCAUCAUGAAGAUGAGGAAGACCCUCAGUCACAACCUUCUGGUAUCAGAGCUCUACAACCAGCUGAAGUUCCCUGUAAAGCCGGGUGAUCUGAAGAAGCGGAUCGAGUCGCUCAUAGACAGAGACUACAUGGAACGUGACAAGGAGACUCCUAACCAGUACCACUAUGUUGCCUGAAGGGACUCCAGUGUUACUGCCGUGCUUUCCUCAAAGCAAGCCGACAGCUGGCCCCCCCCUAAAACAGCAUUACAGCCCUUCAGCCACCUGACUCUCCUCUGGUGCCCGUCUUUCCCUCCAUCCACAAUCCUGGACGCAGCGUCCAGAUCCCACAGAGCUCCAGAGAGACGAGAGAGACUUGGCUGUACUGUUCCCACUCUGCGUUAUCUUUAGUGGGUGGCCCAGGGUUGGUGAUGGACUUACAAAACUGCUAAUGCAAAACUCAAAUGAAAAUAACUAGCACUUUCAUCUGUUUUUGUUUAGUUUUUUUCUUCUCCUCCCUGGGAUUUGGAUUUUGUUUUCUUCUUCUCCUCCACCACGUCGUUCUAACAUCACUUAUUUUCUACCAUAGUUGGUUUGUCUUUGAGUUUUAAGAAUUUUAUUUGUUUUGUUUGUGUUCAAGGCGUUCACUUUAUGAAUGAUUGCAUAAACUGCUGAGUGUGACCCUCGUUGGCUGGUUGCUUGAUUUGGCAGAGAAGUGGCUGCAGAAGAAGAGACUUGAGAAGGAUGCAGUGGGUCGGAGGGGAGGGUUCAUCGCUUGUAGCACAGAAGCUAAACGACUGGCCGGCAGAGCCAAUUGGGUAUUUCUUUGGGUAUCUUAUAUGUUUUGACCAAAAUGUCCAAAUGUCAUGUGCUGACGGUUUUUUGUAGAUCAGAUUGUAUUCUAUGUAAGAGUGAGAAAAGUGAACCUGAAUAAAUGGAUAUUUAAUGAUUCAAUGAAUGAUUUGUAGAUAAA